ACACCUCUCUUUCUUCUACUCAAGGCGCUGUAUCCUGAUCUUCUUGUUAUUCCCGUACGCUAUACGCGAUCCAUGACCCUCCCUUUUUACUGAUCUCUAGCUCUAGACGUUGGUUUUUCUCUAGCUAAGCUCUUCGAUCUGGGUCCUUUUUAAUUUCGACUGUGUUAAUUCCCAGUGCUACCUGCAUGCGUACAUACAGCAGAACUUCGGAGGAAACUAUGGAUUCCCAGGAAAAAAGCAAGACACAGAAAAAGUUCCAGAAAAGCUACUUUGAUGUGCUGGGUCUGUGCUGUUCUUCUGAGGUGCCUUUAAUUGUGAACAUUCUCAAGCCGCUCGAUGGUGUCAAGGAGGUAUCAGUGAUCGUGCCAUCAAGAACAGUCGUUGUCGUUCAUGACAAUCUCCUCAUUUCCCAGAUUCAAAUUGUCAAGGCUCUAAACCAAGCAAGGCUGGAAGCAAACGUUAAAAUAUAUGGGAAGGAGAAUUACAAGAAAAAAUGGCCAAGUCCAUUUGCGGUUGCUUGUGGGGCAUUGCUUUUGCUAUCAUUCUUGAAAUAUGCCUAUCAACCACUCCAGUGGCUGGCUGUUGGAGCGGUAGCUGUAGGCAUCUUUCCAAUUACGUUGAAGGGGCUCGUGGCCAUUCGGAAUAUUAGACUUGACAUCAACAUUCUCGUCCUCGUUGCAGUGAUGGGGACCCUAGCUCUGAAUGAUUAUUUGGAAGCCGGCACCAUUGUCUUUCUCUUCACCAUUGCUGAAUGGCUCGAGUCAAGGGCAAGCUACAAGGCGAAUGCAGUAAUGUCGUCGUUGAUGAGCAUGGCUCCUCAGAAGGCAGUCAUUGCAGAAACCGGAGAAGAAGUAGACGCAGAUGAGGUGAAGUUGAGCACUGUUCUAGCUGUUAAGGCCGGUGAAGUUAUACCCAUUGACGGAAUUGUUGUGGAAGGUCAAUGUGAAGUCGAUGAAAAAACUCUAACAGGAGAAUCUUUCCCAGUUGCCAAACAAAAGGAAUCUAUUGUUUGGGCGGGUACCAUCAAUCUAGAUGGUUAUAUUAGUGUCAAAACCACCGCUCUAGCUGAAGAAUGUGUAGUGGCUAAAAUGGCAAAGCUUGUAGAAGACGCUCAAAACAGCAAAUCCAGUACUCAGAGAAUCAUUGAUAAAUGCACCAAGUUUUAUACCCCAGCAAUUCUGAUAAUAUCAAUUGGAUUUGCGGUGGUACCAGCUGCAUUAAAAGUUAAAAAUCGUAAUCACUGGUUUCACUUGGCAUUGGUUGUUCUGGUGAGUGCGUGUCCGUGCUCACUUAUCCUGUCUACACCAGUUGCUACUUUCUGUGCGCUUACGAAGGCGGCAACGUCCGGACUUCUAAUCAAAGGGGGUGACUAUCUUGAAACUCUUGCCAAAAUUAAGGUUGUCGCAUUUGACAAAACUGGCACAAUCACUAGAGGUGAAUUUGUGGUCACCGACUUUCAAUCUCUUCGUGAUGAUAUCAGCUUGAACACAUUGCUUUACUGGGUUUCAAGCAUUGAGAGCAAGUCGAGUCAUCCAAUGGCAGCCGCACUCGUUGACCAUGCAAGGUCACUUUCGGUCGAGCCAAAGCCUGAAAAUGUGAUGGAAUUUCAAAAUUUUCCUGGAGAAGGCAUUCAUGGAAAAAUUGAUGGGGAUGAUAUUUACAUUGGAAACAGAAAAAUUGCUCUGAGAGCUGGGUGUGAAACGGUCCCAGCCUUAGAAGGCAAUAUGAAGGAAGGAAAGACGAUUGGGUACAUAUACUCCGGCACAAGCCCGGUAGGAAUCUUUUGUCUCUCCGAUGCUUGUCGAUCUGGCGUGGCAGAGGCAAUCAGGGAGAUGAAGUUGUUGGGCAUUAAAACUGCAAUGCUUACCGGAGAUAGGCAUGCAGCAGCCAUGCAUGUACAAGAGCAGUUGGAUCAUCGUCUAGAGGUAGUUCAUGCAGAGCUUCUACCUGAAGAUAAGGCAAGGAUUAUCAAAGAAUUCAAAGAGGAAGGACCAACAGCCAUGGUCGGAGAUGGUGUUAAUGACGCCCCUGCAUUGGCCACAGCGGAUAUUGGUAUCUCGAUGGGCAUUUCAGGCUCCACUCUAGCAACUGAAACUGGGCAAGUGAUUCUUAUGUCAAAUGACAUUAGAAAGAUACCAGAAGCCAUCCAAUUGGCAAGAAAAGCUCAGAGGAAAGUAAUUCUGAAUAUUAUUUUGUCAUUCACUACAAAGUCUGCUAUUCUAGCCUUGGCCUUUGCUGGCCAUCCACUUGUUUGGGCAGCAGUUCUCGCUGAUGUUGGGACAUGCUUACUAGUCAUCCUCAACAGUAUGCUGCUUUUGCGAGGAACCCAGAAACCAGUAAGGACAUCAAGCAAAUGUCACCGUGCACAGCAUACCCAUAAACAUGCGUGCAAUGCCAGCAAUGGCGACUCUUCUCAUCAUCAUCAUCAUCAUGUACAUGAUACCCAUCACCAUUGCUGCUCUGAAAGCAAAGCUCAAAUGGUUUCUCAGUCUCAAAAUCUUCCUUCCAAGAAGUGUGAAGCAAAUUGUCAGUCUCGCCCUUUAAAUUCAAACUCGUGUGGAAAUAAGAAGUGUGCGGACUCAGCUAAGAGUAAUGUUGGAUCUAUAGACAGUGAUGAAGUUCAUGAGGUGAAGCACUGCAAUCACGGAAGCUAUAACGUGUCCAAUCAUUGUCUGGAGUCGCGCAAAUUGCACAACCAAGGUUGUUCAGGCCCUCACAACCUGGACUCAUGUACAGAAGAUAAACGCUCAAAUCCAAUAGGAAGGAAAGCUGAUUAUGUAGAAUCUGAUGGUCAUCGUGACGCAAGACACUGCAACCAUUCUACUACUUUGGAAGGAAACCAAAUAGUGACAAAUGAUGACCACUGCCACUCAAACAACUGUGGAAACAACCAUGUUGAGAACCACAUUGACAAUGGAGGAGAAGGAAAAAUGGAAGUGUCUUGUUGCAACCAUCAUGAGCAUCAAAUUCCAGUUCAUCUUGACUUGUCCAAGCAAGGUAAAGAUCACAAUGCACCAGUUCACACCACCAUCGAUAUUGUGCCAUGUACUGACAACGUGGAAUCAAUCAAUUCGCAUGCUUUGAAGAAGAAAGAAACUGGUGGGUGUUGCAAGGGCCAUAGCAAGAAAGACACGGAAUCAGUGGCUAUGCAUGCUUCUAUCAGUUUGGAGAGCAGAGAAAUUGGUGGUUGUUGCAAAAGCUACAUGAAGGAAUGUUGUGGCAAGCACGGACAUCUUGGGGCCAGCUUUGGUGGAGGAUUAUCAGAAAUCAUCACUGACUAAUGCCUCAAACUUACUCAAAAAUUUUCAAUUGGGGUACAUUACAAAGAUCGCUACAUGCUCUUAUGAUCUUCUGCAACUAUAAAUUCUGGAAAUUUUGAUGAAAAGCAUGGGGCAUUUGUAAGAACCCUUCCAGAUAAUAUAUACUUACUAAAUGCAAA